AUGAACGCCGCUGUAGUCCUGGUCUUCUUCUCCGUCAUGGCUGCGACACAAGCAAGCCUGUUGAAAGGGGCAUUGAUCCUUUACUGUUUUAACCAUUCAGAAUUAAAUGUGAAUUUUAGAUUACUUUUCUCAUUUUUUUUUUUUUUUUACUCCUUAGGGAGACCGACCGAGUGCCAAGUACUCAGGGUGGAAAGUUGGAAGUACAAGUCCGCCGAGAAGAAUGUGGAGGGGGCCGCAUUGUUCAUUGACAUGACCGUUGAAGAUCGGCAGUCCGAGGCCAGUUGCGAUCUGGAUAAAUCCUUCGGCUUCUACAAUCAGAACUCCACAGUGUGGGUGGAUCAUGGUUGCCGUGCUGACUUCAAUAUCUGUUAUGUCAAAGGCACCACCAGCACCACAAGGGUAAACCUGAGCAGCUGGAAGUACAAGUACGCCACCAAGAUUCUCCCCUCCGCCACCUACAUCUACUCCAUGCAAGUGGCCAAGCAACAGUCCGUGGCCCCCUGCACUCUCGGAACCACUUAUGGUUUUGUGGCCAAUACCAUGUGGGUCAGCGAUGGCUGCAGAGCAAACUUCAGCAUCAGACAUUAUUCCCAUUAAGUUUUCUUAAAGCUAUCGAAUGUUCCACUGAAACGAUU